GAAACUUACGGAUUUGGUAUGCGUGAUGGCACGCCUGGUGUACUAGUGAAUGAUCUUGAAUGACACUAGGCAACUCGGAAAUAUAUUUCUUCCCGUUUCACGGCACGCGGAAAUAAGUACAAUGUUGUAGAAUUGUAGACGAUGGUGCUGGUUAGCGCAAGCGAAGCGUGUGGCGUUUAUUUUUUUUACAGGUCAGAUGCAAAGCAACGGUAGUCUUCAGGUUUCUUGCCAAUGUUUUUAGAAGACUGAGGAAAAAGAGAUAUCAAUAUAAUGGAAUCUAGAAGCAUGACUUAGGUUUUACAAUUCACUGCCCCUCUAUCCCGCGUGCAACUAAUGGCAGAUUGGAUAAGAGUGUCGUCAGAUAUCCGGCUAAAAGCAGGGUCCGGAGGACAUCACUCUCCCUCGGAAAAUUUUAAAUUCUUUUAAGGUAACAGACUAACCAAUAACCAUGCCUCUGUGGAACAUGAUCUUUGGUUUGUCAUCGGACUCGGACUCUGACUCGCCUAACGAUAGCGACAAUAACAACGUCCCAACGCUCAGGAGCUUUAACAGACCAGGCCCCGACGGGCAGAUGCCACCUACAGACAGGAGAUCAAAUCUGGAAGACAGCAGAACGCCACCAAGCGCCCGGCAUGCCCGGGACAUCCGACGCACUCUUGAGGACCAGACGACUUCUCCAGAAGUCGGACCGAGUCAGAGUUCAUCUGCAACAGACUCAAGCGAUGCCCCGAACUCCGCGGGUACGAGUGGCACAGACGAUUCACCUGAGCGGGGGAUCUGGCGAAGCAGGACUGGAGGUUACCUCCUCUAUGAUGACUACUCACGCCCGGUGCGCGAGACCAGAAGUCGCCCCGGCGCCUACAUGCAGGAUAUUGUAGCCAACACGGGUGAUGAUGAGGUGCCAACUUCCUUUGUCCUGUGCCUGGCUGGUAUUGUAUCAGUUGUUCCCUUGGGCAUGUUUUUAUUCAAGCUCGUAACUUCGAUCAAGGAUAUUUUUAGUCGCUAGAUUCGUGUAGAUUUAGGCUCGGGAAUUUUAUUGAAAUUAAUUACGACGGUGGUGAUUUUAUUCUAUCUAGACGUUGGUUUUCCAGAAUGAUUUUACCUGCCUCUGAUUAAUUUUUAUUGAAUUUGUAUAUAUAUUUUUGAAUUUUCGAGUAAUACGCGACAAAACUAUC